AAAAUAAUUAAGAGAGGGAAUAACACGUAGAGGCCACGCGCCCUAUCUCGUCCGUUCGAAGUAUGCCGUCGUCUUCUUCUUCCACCACCCUCUGCGAAAUUACACUCUCGUAUUUACAGAGACACACCUUUUCUUCCAUUUUGCAUCCCUUUUUACCUUCACAAACCCUAACGUAUCCUUUUCCCCCUCUCUCUUUUUAUAUCUCUUCCCUUUCCUCGUGACUCUCCUUCCCCCCCUUCUCUCUCUCUCUCUCUCUCUCUCUCUCCCAUUUCACAUCCUCUCCUCUUUACUGGGCAUUGGAUUUCUCUAGGGUUUUGUGUGGUUUCCUCUCUAUUCGAAAGCUUGCUGCUUUUGCUGUCUUAAGUUGGUGGGAUUUUUGGAUGGCGAAAACUUUGGAGAUUUCUCUAUUCGGGUGAAGGGGUUUGCUUCCUCAUAGUGAGAAUCCUCUUUUUCCCCUCUUAAAGUUUUGGCCUUUUUUCUUGUUUUAGUACUCCACAGGAAAAAAAAAAGUCUCAGCCUUUACUCUGUUUUUUGAGUGGUAAGAGGGGUUUAGGGUUUAUCAUCCAAAAUCACAGCAAAAGAGGAAAUUCCGAGUUUCCUGCAAAAGUUCUCCACUUUCUUGCUAUACCAUCGUCAUCCACAGUACUGCUCGUACACUCUUCCUUCUGAUUCCAGAAAUCCGCAAUUUUCCUAGAAUAAUUCAUCUUCUGUCAUUCAGGCUAAGACCUUUUCUCACCUCCUCCAUUUCCAGAAUUCCCCAGUUCACCAACCUCUGUUUUCCCGGAAAAUCCCACUUUCUCGGCAACCAAUCACCGACGGCUGAUGUCGUCUUGUCUAAGCGGCGGCGGCGGAAGAGCCGCCGCGUACGGAUUUGACCUGGAGAUCGUGAAGUCUCCGCCAUCGACGUCAACCACCAGCAGAGCAACCUCACACAACACUCCCUCGCCGUCUUCGACGCUGUCGGAGUCCAAUUCGCCGCUCGCUAUCUCCACCAGGAAGCCGCGGACCCCGCGGAAACGGCCGAAUCAGACCUACAACGAGGCGGCGAUGCUUCUCUCCACCGCUUACCCGAACAUCUUCUCCUCCGACGCCAAGAAAUCUCCCUCGAAUUCGCAGUUCUUCGGGAUUAAAUCUCCUUGCAGUGAUUUCGACGAAACCUCUGAGCUGCUUUUGCCGUUUGAAUCGAUUGAGGAGCCCGAUAUUCUGUUCCAUCCGCCGCUGCCAGUGAAGACUGGUAUGUUCUUCAAGCAGAAGGAGAUGAAUUUCGAAGGGAAGAGCAGCAGAGGAGGCGAAAUCGAUGGUUCGUGGGUGAAUCGACUGGAGAUAUUCGACGAUUUCGAUGCGGAAUCCAUUCUGGACGAGGAGGUUGAAGAGGGGAUCGACAGUAUAAUGGGCAGUGUCGAAUCGAAAGAGGCGAAUCACGAAAUCGGCCGGUUAGGGCAAAUGAUGAUGAAUCCGUGGUACGGAAGCUCCACCGGAUUCGGUUUCGCCGGAAAAUUACAGUUGGGGCUCGGAUUGAGGAGCACACUCCGAGACAAUGACGACGCGAACUGGUGGAGAUUUCCGACCGUCGAUUUCGAUCAGAUCUCGCCAAGAAUGCAAUCUGCCCCAACCACAGCCGCCCCCGCCGGUAAAGCCAAAUCCGACAACAAAAAGAAGACAGUGGCGAUGGCGGCGGAAAAGAAUAAGAAGAAGAAGAAGAAGAAAGUUUCGCCGCCGGCGGAAUCGAAGAGCUGCGAAUCUGGAAAAGAGGAUCGGGAAUGGAAUCCGAAUCCGGAGGAGAGAUCUGGUCUGUUGUUGAAGCUCGACUACGAUGGCGUUUUGGAAGCUUGGUCGGAUAAAGCUUCGCCGUUCUCCGAUGAGAUUCUAGUGCCGGACUCCGCCGGAGCCGACGGCGUCAAUGGUACACACCACCAUGCAAUCAAUGCUUCGGGUGCCGCAUCAGUUGGCGCAGCUAAAUAAGAAAUAAAAACAAAUUAAAUCAUUGGAGAAAACUAAUCUUAAUCAUCAUCACAUUUUUUUUUAUUUCGUGAGAAAGCAAUAUAUAUUAAAUGGAAAUAAUAUAUUUGCGACAAAGCUAUAUAUAUAUAUAUAUAUAACACUUAAAUUGUCCACUCCCCAUUAUUAUAUAUAUAAAAAAGAAAGUGCAAAAUGGUGAAUGAAUAUGAUGACAGAAUGAUAUGUGAUGGUUU